AUGUCUUUCUCAUACCAGCCCUUGGCGAGCGACGAGAUUCGUCUUGUCAAAAUAGAGCCAGCUGAAAAUGGGGACGACUCUCAGCCAAUCUUGUGCACAAUCGAGCAUGUCAACCUUGUGCCUGGAGUAACAGUGUCUCCUGAUCGGCGAUUCAAAGGUCACAGCGAUGCUUGGCCCGAGAUCUCCAACCACCACGAUACAGACGCCCUCUUUGACAAAGGCCGAGAUCCGUUUGCAGUCUCACAAGGACCCUCGCCUUCCCUCGACGAGGAAGCUCGCCUGCCAUGGAGAUAUCCAUGGGGAGACUUUAUCGCCUUAUCAUACGAAUGGGGUCCUCCAACACCUCGGCGCUUCAUCACUGUCAAUGGCGCUCAAUUCGGAGUCACACCCAACCUAUACGAUGCCUUGAUCCAACUUCGCCGUACCCAAAGAAUACGUCAAGGUUUCAGACUCUGGAUCGACGCCAUUUGCAUCAACCAAGAUGACCUGGCCGAACGUGGUCAGCAGGUUGCUCGCAUGCGAGACAUAUAUCGGUCUGCAUGGCAGGUAGUCAUCUGGAUCGGCCCAGAGGCUGAUGAUAGCUCCUUGGCCCUGUCAGCGCUUCACUGGCUGGCUAACCAGUCAAGACGACCGACCCCGUUGGAAGGAGUAUACCAUCAAGGGAUGGCGAUUGACGCACGUCCGUUCUUUGUCGUUAUCCCGGGCUAUCAGAGUCCCCUCAGGCGUGCGGUCUAUAAAGCUCUGUUCUGUUUCUUUACUAGAACUUACUGGCGACGCAUGUGGAUUAUACAGGAAGUGGCAAACGGUCGACCUGGCGCGCCCGUUCUUUGUGGAAACAGGUGCAUUGCAUGGGACGAUAUCUACCGAGCGGCUGUCGUCAUCAACAACGACCAAGCAAGGCUCGGUCGUGAUAUUCUCGACAGCAGCCGGCCGCCCCUGGCUGCUCUCAACACUUACGAGUUUGCACGGGAUAGACUGGCCGAGGACACGCAUCUGUCAUCGGAGAGGCUGUGGGGGAUGCAGGUUGCCUUGGGCGGCAUUCAGCUGAACCAAAAGUUGAGCUUUCUGGGAGAUUGGCAGGCUCUCACGCUGGUUUUGAACCUCUGCCGAGAUUCAAACGUCACCGAAGAAAAGGACAGGGUGUAUGGCAUUCUGGGCAUCAAAGCUGUUGCUGACAGGGUUGCUGUCGUGCCAGAUUACACACUGGGCCAAUACCUGUCCGCCGCCGUCUCGAGACACUCCCCUCUGCUCUGCAGCAUCGCACUAUUGCUCCUGCUAUAUUUCGGUCUCUGGAUUUGGUCAAAGGAUCCAAACCCGGUCAAGCCCUAG